GAAGAAAGCCAAGGUAAUUGCCGUAAUGAAUGCUGUGGAAGAAAACCAGGGUUCUGGGGACUCACAGAAGGUGGAGGAGGCCAGCCCUCCUGCUGUGCAGCAGCCCACUGACCCUGCAUCCCCCACUGUGGCCACCACCCCUGAGCCUGUGGGGGCUGAUGCUGGGGACAAGAAUGCCACCAAAGCAGCUGAUGACUAGCCAGAAUAUGAGGACGGCCAGGGCUUUGGCAUUGGGGAGCUGGUGUGGGGGAAACUGCGGGGCUUCUCCUGGUGGCCAGGCCGCAUUGUGUCUUGGUGGAUGACGGGCCGGAGCCGAGCAGCUGAAGGCACCCGCUGGGUCAUGUGGUUUGGAGACGGCAAGUUCUCUGUGGUAUGUGUUGAGAAGCUGAUACCUCUGAGCUCCUUCUGCAGUGCAUUCCACCAGGCUACCUACAACAAGCAGCCCAUGUACCGCAAGGCGAUCUACGAAGUGCUUCAGGUGGCCAGCAGCCGUGCAGGGAAGCUGUUCCCGGCCUGCCAUGACAGUGAUGAGAGUGACACUGCUAAGGCUGUGGAAGUGCAGAACAAGCAGAUGAUUGAAUGGGCCCUUGGAGGGUUCCAGCCCUCUGGCCCCAAGGGCCUGGAGCCACCAGAAGAGGAGAAGAAUCCCUACAAGGAAGUUUACACAGAUAUGUGGGUUGAGCCUGAGGCAGCUGCAUACGCACCACCUCCUCCAGCCAAAAAGCCACGAAAGAGCACAACAGAGAAGCCCAAGGUUAAGGAGAUUAUUGAUGAACGCACAAGAGAGCAGCUGGUGCAUGAGGUGCGGCAGAAGUGCCGGAACAUCGAGGAUAUUUGCAUCUCAUGUGGGAGUCUCAAUGUUACCCUGGAGCACCCGCUCUUCAAUGGAGGAAUGUGCCAGAACUGCAAGAACUGCUUUCUGGAGUGUGCGUAUCAGUAUGACGACGAUGGCUACCAGUCCUACUGUACCAUCUGCUGUGGGGCGGAGGUGCUCAUGUGCGGGAACAACAACUGCUGCAGGUGCUUUUGUGUGGAGUGCAUGGAUCUCUUGGUGGGGCCAGGGGCUGCCCAGGCAGCUAUCAAGGAAGACCCCUGGAAUUGCUACAUGUGCGGGCACAAGGGCACCUAUGGACUGCUGCGACGGCGGGAAGAUUGGCCUUCUCGGCUCCAGAUGUUCUUUGCCAAUAAUCAUGACCAGAAAUUUGACCCUCUGAAAGUUUAUCCACCUGUCCCAGCUGAAAAAAGGAAGCCCAUCAGGGUGCUGUCUCUCUUUGAUGGAAUCGCUACUGGGCUCCUGGUGCUGAAGGACCUGGGCAUCCAGGUGGACCGCUACAUUGCCUCAGAGGUGUGUGAGGACUCCAUUACAGUGGGCAUGGCGCGGCAUCAGGGGAAGAUCAUGUACGUCGGGGACGUCCGCAGCAUCACGCAGAAGCAUAUCCAGGAGUGGGGCCCAUUCGAUCUGGUGAUUGGGGGCAGUCCCUGCAAUGACCUCUCCAUUGUCAACCCUGCUCACAAGGGACUCUACGAGGGUGCUGGCCGGCUCUUCUUUGAGUUCUACCGCCUCCUGCAUGAUGCGCAGCCCAAGGAGGGAGAUGACCGCCCCUUCUUCUGGCUCUUUGAGAAUGUGGUGGCCAUGGGCGUUAGUGACAAGAGGGACAUCUCACAAUUUCUCGAGUCCAAUCCUGUGAUGAUUGAUGCCAGAGAAGUGUCAGCUGCACACAGGGCCCGCUACUUCUGGGGUAACCUUCCUGGUAUGAACAGGCCAUUGGCAUCCACUGUGAAUGAUAAGCUGGAACUGCAGGAGUGUCUGGAACAUGGCAGAAUAGCCAAGUUCAGCAAAGUGAGGACCAUUACUACUAGGUCAAACUCCAUAAAGCAGGGCAAAGACCAGCAUUUUCCUGUCUUCAUGAAUGAGAAAGAGGAUAUCUUAUGGUGCACUGAAAUGGAAAGGGUGUUUGGCUUCCCUGUCCACUAUACUGAUGUCUCCAACAUGAGCCGUUUGGCAAGGCAGAGACUGCUGGGCCGGUCCUGGAGCGUGCCAGUCAUCCGCCACCUCUUCGCUCCACUGAAGGAAUAUUUUGCUUGUGUGUAAGGGACAUGGGGCAAACUGAGGUAGUGAUACAAAGUUAAACAAACAAACAAACAAAAAAACACAAAACACAAUAAAACACCAAGAACAUGAGGAUGAAGAGAAGUAUCAGCACCCAGAAGAGAAAAAGGAAUUUAAAACAAAAAACACAGAGGUGGAAAUACCGGAGGGCUUUGCCUUGUGAAAAGGGUUGGACAUCAUCUCCUGAUUUUUCAAUGUUAAUCUUCAGUCCUAUUUAAAAAGCAAAACCAAACCCCCUCCCUUCUCCCCUUUUUGGGUCAAACCUUUUGUUUUCUUCUCUUUCAGAGGGGUUUUCUGUUUGUUUGGGUUUUUGUUUCUUGCUGUGACUGAAAC